AUGUGUCUAAUAGGUAUAACCAAUGAUGAUACAAAAGCAGAUUCCGAUUGGUUAUGUAAGAAGAUACUUAGUUGUAAACUAUGGAGUGAAUCUGGAAAGAGUUGGGCAAAGAAUGUAAAGGAGAUGAACUAUGAGAUACUGUUUGUUAGUCAGUUCACUUUGUAUGCUGUUAUGAAGGGAACCAAACCAGACUUUCACAAGGCUAUGCAAUCAGAACAAUCAAAGAUCUUCUAUGAAGCAUUCCUCAAAGAUGCCAAGUCAUCCUAUAACCCAGAUAUGAUCAAAGAUGGUCAAUUUGGAGCAAUGAUGGAUGUAGGAUUGGUCAACGACGGACCAGUUACGAUCGUUCUGGAUUCCAGGGAUAAG